GAGAACAAACGGACCGGCGAUUGCUCUAACACGCGCCACGCUAACGUAAUGACUUUGGUGUACCACAAUAAAUUGUGGUGGUGUAGAACCUGAACGCGAAACGGAAUUAAAGCGUAACAUAAACAAUAAUAACUACAAACACGCCGCAUUACUGGCGAAUUAAAAAUUUCAAAAGGUUCUUGGAAACMGUGCGACGGCAAAUACUACUGAAGAAAGUCCAAUCAAUUGCUAAAUGUGCUUCCGACACCGGCUUCACCCUUUGCUGGCAUAACCAAAGGCUACAACUCGCAAACACACACAAACUUGCAAACAUAAGGAUACCGUAUAACGGUAAACCAGCCAGAAACUACUCUCAUACUAUCAUAUUUGUUAAUAAAAUGGCURUAAAAGGCAAGCUAUCAAGCGCUAACGGCAGUUGGACGUCCUCCAGAGUCGGCACCACGUCCUACAUAUCGCGCAUGGCUUGUUUCGCCUUUUGCCUGCUCUCCGCCCUGCCGUUGCCGUUCUUCACAACAGCUAAUCGCCUUUCGGAUACCAAACUCCACGAAGUCUAUCUUGACAACUCUGAGAUAAAGCUAAGUUGGAUGGUGGAUUGGUAUAAACAGGAGGUGCUCUUUCAUCUACAAAAUGCCUUUAACGAAAAUCAUCGCUGGUUCUAUUUGGGCUUUUCGAAGCGUGGCGACGUGGGCGAUGCAGACAUCUGUUUCUUUGAGAAUCAAAAUGGAUUUUUCAACAUUGUCACCGACACGUAUACCAGUCCAGAUGGUAAAUUUGUGCAAAAAGACUAUCAACAAGAUUGCGAACUUUUCAAAAUGGAUGAAUACACGUUGGCAUUUAAGCGAAAAUUCGACACCUGCGAUCCRCUGGACUUGAGGAUGCAUGAGGGUACAAUGUACAUUAUGUGGGCCAGGGGUGAAAGUCGCUUGGCACUGGAAGAUUAUCAGUUUCCCUUUCCCAAUGUUUCCUCACAUGAAUCUGGCAUUAAGAUGAUGCAAUUACUUCGCGCAGAUAAAAUUCUCAUACCAGAAACCAAUUUGAAAACCAUUCAAGUCACACUCAAAAAUGUGACCGUACCAACAAAGGAGACAACCUACUGGUGUCGCAUACAAAAACUGGACGAAUCRUUUGCGACGAAACAGCAUAUAGUGCAAUUCGAGCCUCUCAUUACCUCUCCCGAUUUGGUGCAUCAUCUGGAAGUUUUUCAUUGCGAAACCGAUCCACAAGCAGAAAUUCCGUUAUACAAUGGAGACUGUGAGAAAAUGCCGGCAGAAGCUAAAGUGUGCUCCAAAGUYAUAUCACUGUGGGCUAUGGGCGCUAGCACGUUCACGUAUCCACCAGAAACUGGCUUACCAGUAGGAGGCAAGGACUAUAAUCCSUUCGUGCGCCUAGAAGUGCAUUUUAACAAUCCCGAAUUGAAAGCAGGUCGCAUUGAUAGCUCAGGCAUGAGAAUAAAGUUGGCUUCGAAGCUAAGACAGUUCGAUGCGGGCGUAAUGGAGUUGGGCUUGGAGUAUACCGAUAAGAUGGCUAUUCCACCUGGUCAAGUGGGCUUCCCGCUAAGUGGUUAUUGCAUCGCCGAGUGCACUGAAGUAGCACUCCCGUCCAGUGGCAUUAUCAUAUUUGGUUCUCAACUGCACACACAUCUUCGUGGCGUUCGUAUUCUGACACGUCAUUUUCGCGAUAACGAGGAACUGCGCGAAGUCAAUCGGGAUGACUAUUACUCGCAUCAUUUUCAAGAAAUGCGUAACCUGCAUUAUAAACCUCGUGUGCUACCGGGUGACGCUUUGGUCACAACUUGCUAUUAUAAUACUGUGGGCUAUGAAAAUGCAACACUGGGCGGUUUUUCAAUCAGCGAUGAGAUGUGUGUCAACUAUAUUCACUAUUAUCCGGCUACCAAGUUGGAGGUUUGCAAGAGUUCUGUCUCCGAAGACACGCUGGAAACUUAUUUCAUUUAUAUGAAAAAGAAAGAACAUCAACGCGGCAUAAGACUAAGUGGAGCACGUUCGAAGAAUUAUCGCAGCAUCAAAUGGACCGAACCACGUGUGGAUCAACUUUAUACCAUGUACAUACAGGAACCACUCAGCAUGCAGUGCAACAAAUCGGAUGGUUAUCGCUUCGAGGGCUACAAUUGGGAGGGAGCACCAGUGACGCCAGUGGCAAUCAAAAUACCCAUGCACAGCAAACUAUGUCCCAACUACAACCCGUUAUGGUUGAAACCACUGGAAAAGGGUGCGUGCGACUUACUGGGCGAAUGUAUCUAUUAAAACUUCAACAUGUUGCAGGCGUAACGGCGUUCUUCAUAGUUCAUACCUAUAACAUUUGAAAGUGAAAUAUUUAAUGGACGGAAAUUUGAGAAAAAUGUAAACUUUUAAAUACAAUGAGCAGUACAGCUGCCGCGCAAAAGCUUUAUGGAGUAAACCAGAAAUUUUAGACUAGAUUGUAUUACAAAAAACAAAACAAAAAAAAAAAAAACCAUGAAGAUCUUAUGCAUGUAUGUAGAUAGCGAAAAGAAUAGAAUAUUUGAGGCGUAGUGGAGCGCGGCAUUAGAAAUAUAACACCUAUGUAUUUGAAAAAAGAGAAAUUUUUGUAGAUAAACGCCCAAACAACUGAAAAGAUUUACGAUCUCCAGAUCGUUUUGAAGCAGAAGGAAUAGAAAGCGUCUCAAAUAAAAUAUUUUAUAGUUGUUACAAAAGAUUUGAGUUUUACUAUAUGAUUGCGUGUAUUGACAGCAGAAUUAACCCUUCAGGAAUUAAGCCAGAUUUGCUGAAUUUAUGCUGAAUACAAACAAACAAGUAAUUGAUUCUUAAGCACGCUUCCAUAGAACGUUCCAAACACUAGAUUCCAGCCAGGUGAUCAAGGUGACCAAAUAAAUAUUUUGGCAUUGUUAUAUAUGUAGUUGCAAACGACAUAUUUAGAAAAUGUAAAUACGUACAUACAAACAUAUAUAUUUAUGUACUUAAAACUGCAAUUCAUAUUUACCGUUAAUGUCAUGCGGCAAGUAGAAGUGCACUCAGUAUUAUUAUGAAACCCAAAAAUCAUUGCAUGUAUAAUUUAAAUCAUACCACUCACAAAACUAACUGUAUAUGUAGCUAUGUAAA